CUGGAGCAUCUGGAAAUGGAGCAGAAGGAGCAGAGGAAGCAGAAGAAACAGAAACAUCUGGAGCAGGAGCAUCUGGAGCAGAAUCAUCUGGAAAUGGAGCAUCUGGAGGAGAGGAAGCAGAAGAAACAGAAACAUCUGGAGCAGGAGAGGCAGAGUUAUCUGGAGCAGAAUCAUCUGGAGGUGGAACAUCUUGAGCAGAGGAAGCAGAAAAAGCUGGAGCAUCUGGAGCAGAAUCAUCUGGAGGUGGAGCAUCAGGAGGAGAAGAAACAGAAGAAGCUGAAACAUCUGGAAAUGGAGCAUCUGGAGGGGAGGAAGCAGAGAAAGCUGGAGCUCCAGGAGCAGGAGCAUCUGGAGCAGAGGAAACAGAGAAAACAGAAUCAUCAGGAGCAGAGGAAGAAGAAUCAUCAGGAGCAGGAGGAGCAGAAUCAUCAGGAGCAGAAUCAUCUGGAAAUGGAGCAUCUGGAGCAGAGGAAGCAGAAGAAGCUGGAUAAGAGGAAGCAGAAUCAUCAGGAGCAGGAUCAUGUGGAGCAGAGGAAACAGAAGAAGCAGGAUCAUGUGGAGCAGAAUCAUCUGGAGCAGAAGAAGCAGAAGCAGCAGAAUCAUGUGGAGCAGGAUCAUCUGGAGCAGGAUCCUGUAGAGCAGAGGAAGCAGAAGAAGCUGGAUAAGAGGAAGCAGGGUCAUCAGGAGCAGGAUCCUGUGGAGCAGAGGAAGCAGAAGCAGCAGAGCUGCCUGGAGCAGCAGCAGCAGCCCCCGCAGCCGCCCCCCAGCGUGGGGACCCCCGGGAGCUGCUGCCUCUCCCCACCCCCCAAGAAGAAGAAGCAGCAGCCCCGGGAGCUGUGUCCCCCCCAGAGCCCCCAGCCCAGGAGAGCCCAGCGGGACGUGUCCUGACGGGGGAGCUCCACCGGGAGAGCCCUGCAGGGAGCAGCCGCGCGGGGCCGCUUUUAAUCCCAUUUUUAAUCUCGUUUUUAAUCCUGUUUUUCUCGCUGCCCACAGCUCUGGUGCUUUUCCACCAGGAGAGCCCCUCAGGGCGCAGCAGGAGCUGCCAGGCAGCAGGUUUUUAACAAAACCAGGGCUGGUUUUUAGUGUUUUUUCCUCGCAGCUCUGGGGCUUUCGCAGGAACGUUUGAAUCUGGUGCUGUGAGGGAUGCUGGAAUAAUCCUAAGGAAACGUCCUCAGGUAUCCCUGGACCUUCAACAAAACGGGUUUUUGUUGAUUUCUCAGGGCAAGGAACGGGACUGACCACGAAAACUCUGAUUUUUAUUCUCCUUUUUACCCAUUUUUUGCCAAUGGGUAACUCAGCAACGUUUUUACUCGAGUGAAAACAUUUUUACUUUUGCUAAAGUAAAUUUCCACGCUGUGCAAACUCCA